UGCACGCUCUGCGCUUGAGGCUAGCUAGGCUUUGGUGGGGUUGGCGCCGGCGGCAGCUGGCGUGGACCGGCGUGGGUUUAAGGUUUGAUCUGGCAGACCACUCUCCGCGGUUUGGAGAGUGGCACCACGUCCCUCGUGAUUGACUUUUUAUAUUCGUCGGGUGUGAGAUUUACGUAGUGUCGGCGGGCAGUGGACUACUUCCAUCCGCCUUCUACGCUCGUUGCAAGCCAGAUCUCAAUUUACAAUCCAAACCUCACUGGUCACAAACCUCAAUCCAAAAUCCAAAACUUGCUCCUAAGCCGGACAAUUCAACCACCAUCAAUUCUCCCAGCAAAACCGGGAAUUCCCAAGAACUCUCAAGAUCUCAGAUCUCAGACCUCAAAACUCUCAAGCUAUCAAACAAACCACCGACCUUCCAAACUCUCACAACAAACACAAUGCCCCAAACAUACGCCAACUUCCUCUCCACCUCUUCCCCCUCCCCCCCAGACCGCGGCGACAUCUUCGACCACGGUAGCCACAUCCACAUCACCCCCAGCUCAGGGAUCCUGGACUGCCCCGCAUACGCCGUGGAUGACCGCUUCGGUACUUGUUUUCGUCUGAAGGAACAGGAGGGGGGGUGGGGACGAGAGAGAAUAGGGGGAGUGACGAAGGGGGAUGGGGCGAAACUGGCGAACCAAAGCGCGGCGCGGAGUGAUCUGUUCGUGGAUAAUGAUGACGACCUCGCCAACGCCAACGCCAACGCCAACGCCAACGCCAACGCCAACGCCAACGCCAACGCCAACGCGAUGUGUGGAUAACCCACGACGACGGACACCGACGACCGACGACCGACGACCGACGACGCUGCUUUUGCGACGACUCGGGCAAAAGUAGAGGCGAGCCUGGCUUUUUAGACUAUAAUGCUGUUUCACGUGUUUCAGCUGGUGGACGAUAGUCGGGUAGACGGAGUAGGGAGAGAAUACUUUUGGAUGAAGGCUAGAUUUUAUAUUGAUUUUAUAACGGAGAGUAGAGGCGAUAUCGUUGCCUUGCUAUACUAUAAUAUAACUACAGUCGAUUAGAAAUUGUG